GUGGUUUCGACGUUAUAACGAAAGUUUGUAAUUUAAUGCAAAUUUAAUGAAAAAUAUUCAUAUUUACACAGUAUGAAUGCUGCAAAUAAGCGAAAGGAUAAUAUGGAAGGUGAUAAAAAUGCCAAAAGAGUGAAAAAGGUGUGCAGUUACGGUGAUAAGUGCUACAGGAGGAAUCCAGCGCAUCUGAGGGAGUUCAGUCACCCGCAUUUAGAAGCAAUCCUCGAUGCAAGUGACGGAGGGGACUACACAAUCCCACCGGAGUUGAGUCUGCAGCGGCAACUUAUAUUAGAACAGCUGGAGAUCAUUGUUGAGAAGAAACUGUAUGAGCCACACUCUUCUUGCACUAGUACCGCAAGACCAAAGACUCCAGACCCCCCCUCCACAAAACAGCCGAUCAAACCAACUACAGACCACAAACUCCCAGUGAGUUCAGCAUCUAGAGAAACACAACCGAAAGCCUCAAACGAUGCUAAGGACUCAAAAACAGCUGAUAAAGACACUUUAGCAUCAAGCUCUGAUGAAAAGGAUACCAGUAGAAAAGAUGAAAAAGAAAAUAACACAACGGAUCCUGUCAAAGUUAAAGAUGACUACCGACCCAUAGUGCCUCCGACGCGUCGCGCGACCGAGUACCUUACUGUCGUGCGACCCGCUGGCAACAUGGCCGCCAAGCACGCCGCCAGCGCGCCUUACCACAUCUUUUACACCACCAUAGCUUCGGCUAAGGAGACGCAUAGUCAGCCCUACUCUAUUACUUUCCUAGAGAUCUUGGACCACAGUUUGGGCGAGUUGCAAUGCUCCCUCCAAAUCAAUUUCAUGGUGGAGCCGGCGUGGCUUCUGGCGCAAUACUACUUCGCUGGUUACAGUGAAAAGAAAUUAACAAUCUUGUAUGGAGAAGAAUGCUCGGACCUCAGGGACAUCAGUAAGAAGAAACCCCAAGUGGAAGCGUAUCAAGUGCCCAUGGCGACUCCUUUCGGCAAGCACCACACAAAAAUGAUGAUUUUAUGUUACGAGGACGGUUCGCUGCGGGUGGUGGUGUCCACUGCCAACCUGUACGCCGAUGACUGGGAGAACAGGACUCAAGGGCUUUGGUUCAGCCCCCGCUGCGCCCCGCUGCCCCCGGGCUCCAUGCCCCACGACGGGGACUCCCCGACGCAGUUCAAGAGGUCCCUGCUCAAGUACCUCUCACAGUACAGGACUCCGAUACUCUCGAGAUACGUAGCGAAAGUGCAACGAUGCGAUUUUAGCCAUAUCAAUGUGUUCCUGGUAGCAUCGGCCCCGGGCGGCCACUUCGACAUGGAGUGGGGCCUGACCCGGGUAGGGUCCCUGCUCCGGCAGCACUGCGCCCUCCCGCGCGCCGAGCAGCCGCGCUGGCCGCUCCUCGCGCAGGCCAGCAGCAUCGGCAGCUACGGCAAGGAGCCCAGGUUGUGGCUGACGGGUGAUUUCCUCCACCACUUCACGAAGAUUAAGGAGCAGCCUCAGACGCUGUCACAGCCUCCGGAGUUGAAACUCAUCUAUCCUUCAUUAGAGAACGUGAAGCAGUCCCACGACGGCCUGCUAGGCGGAGGGUGCCUGCCGUACGCGGCCGAGGCUCACUUCAAGCAGCCCUGGCUCAACAACUUCCUCUACCAAUGGAAAGCGAAGUCGUCUCACCGCGACAGAGCCAUGCCGCAUAUAAAGUCUUACACGAGAACAUCACCUGAUAACAAAAAAGCAGCCUACUACCUACUGACGUCAGGCAACGUGAGUAAGGCAGCGUGGGGCAGCCUGAACAAAGGGAACGCCGCUCUUCGUAUCAUAAGCUACGAAGCGGGGGUGCUGUUCUUGCCAAGAUUCGUGAUAAACGAAGAUUUCUUUCCACUAGAGCCGAAUGCUCCAAACCGUUUAGUGAUACCCUACGACAUUCCGCCCACCAAAUACACCAGCGACAUGCAACCAUGGGUCAUGGACUAUUUGCGGUAGCCUACACUAAAUAAAAAUAAAAACCGGCCAAGUGCGAGUAGGACUCGCGCACGAAGAGUUCCGUACCAUUACGCAAAAAACGGCAAAAAAAAAUAUGUUGUAUGGGUGGCGUUUAAGCCGUCGUAUCGGAGCGCGGAAAAUAUUAGAAAGGCAAUAAUAAUCACGUUUGUUGUAUGGGAGCCCCGUUUAAAUAUUGAUUAUAUUCUGUUUUUAGUAUUUGUUUUUAUCGCGGCAACAGAAAUACAUCAUCUGUGAAAAUUCAACAUGAGAUACAGCCUGGUGACAGACAGACAGAUAGACGGACAGACAGACGGACAGCGGAGUUUUAGUAAUAAGGUCCCGUUUUUACAGUUUGGGUACGGAACCCUAAACAUUAAAACCAGAUACACACAUAAAAAGAGGGGAGAUGAAGAGAGCAUAAGAAAGAAAUAAGGUAAAAAUUGGGUUAUUCUCACUAGUUACCAAGUUGAAGUGGUAACUGGGCAUUUUCACUUAACCUCGUGCCGCCCAAUGUACAUUAGUUUCAGUUUCGAUGCAAUGUCAACCUUAAUAAAAAACAAAUUAGGCAGCAUUUCAUUUGUCUCGUAAAAUUUUCGAACAAAUGAAAUUCAACCCAACAACAAAUUUUGUAUGGUGGGCGGCACGAGGUUAGCUUGAACACCUUUAACGGCCGGUUAGCAAUCGUUACAAAACUGACGGUCAAUGUCAAAUCACAUACAUUUUGUCAGGAAUGUAACGGCUAGACGUUACUGAAACACUAAGACUAAAAUGAACCUAUUGUACUGAUGAGCAUGAGAACAAUGGAUUAAAUGAAUAUGAAUAUGAAUAUGACUAUGAAUAUGAAUAUGAAUAUGACCAUGACUUAAGUCGCGCUUAACUUGUACAAGUUAGAUGAAAAUGCCCAACUACCGGGAAAAAAAUCCCAGUAGUUACCACCAAAUGGUUGGUGGCUGGGUUGGUCGGUGGAAAAAUAAUUCCCAGUAGUUACCAGUGGUAAAAGGUGGGAUUUUUUCCCCAGUAGUUACCACUGGUAAGAACUUGGUGGUAACUAGUGGGAAUACCUAACCCUAAAUAUUAAGGAUAAGCAGAAAAUGUCAACUGUGUAUCAAAUCAAAUGAGCUGUGAACGUGUUUUUUAAUGUUUGAAUUUUCUAAAGUGUAUAAGAAAGCUUUUUAAAUUAUGUAAUAAUGAUGUUAAAUUUGUAAAUAAAGUGUUUUUUCUACA